UACCCCUGGAGCCAAUCACCGGGCAGCAGGAAGAGAUUCGCCAAACAGGCCACUUCUCCCCGCUCUGAGCCUUUGGGUGCCUCUACUGAUCCGGGUUUACAGUGAGAGAUUCCCCCCUAGCUCAAGUCAUAAUGUCGAUGGCCUCCUGCUACCAGCAUAAGUUGACUGAGAAGCUCACUAUUCUGAAUGACCGAGGGCGUGGGGUUCUUAUUCGCAUUUAUAACAUCAAGAAGACUUGUUCAGACCCUAAAUCCAAGCCACCUUUUCUCUUGGAAAAGUCUAUGGAAUCAUCUGUCAAGUAUAUCAGCAAGAAAUUUCCCAACGUUGAUGUCCGAAGCAGCACGCAACAUUUAGGACCUGUUCAUCGGGACAAAACAGAGAUUGUCAGAUUCCUCACCAGCUAUUACCAAUCAUUUGUGGACGUCAUGGAAUUUCGGGAUCAUGUAUAUGAGCUUCUCAACACCAUUGAUGCCUGCCAGUGCCAUUUUGACAUCAACCUCAACUUCGACUUUACUAGGAGCUACCUUGAUCUAAUUGUGACUUACACCUCAGUUAUUUUGCUGCUGUCCCGGAUUGAGGAUCGGAGGGUACUCAUUGGCAUGUAUAAUUGUGCUUUUGAGAUGACACAAGGACACAGUGACCCCAGCUUUGCUCGUCUGGGCCAGAUGGUUUUGGAAUAUGAUCAUCCCUUGAAAAAGCUGACGGAGGAGUUUGGCCCCCACACAAAGGCUGUGAGUGGGGCCCUCCUCUCCCUGCACUUCCUCUUUACUCGAAGGAACCAGGGGGCUGAACAGUGGCGGAGCGCCCAGCUUCUGAGCCUCAUUAGUGCCCCCCCAACCAUGAUCAACCCUGCCAGUUCAGACACGAUGGCCUGUGAGUAUCUCUCUUUGGAGGUGAUGGAACGUUGGAUCGUUAUAGGGUUCCUUUUGUGCCAUGGAUGCCUUAAUGCCAAUCCCCAAUGCCAGAAACUAUGGAAGCUAGGUCUGCAGGGCUCCUUGUACAUCACCCUCAUCCGGGAAGAAGUGCUUCAGGUGCACAAGGUCACUGAAGACCUGUUUGGCAGUUUGAAAGGGUAUGGCAAACGAGUGACAGAUAUAAAAGAAAGCAAAGAAUAUGUGGUGAAUAACAGUGGCCAAUUUCAUUGCCAGCGCCGACAAUUUUUGAGGAUUGCAGUGAAGGAGCUGGAGAUUGUGUUAAUGGAUGAACCAGGACUACUGGGUCCUAAGGCACUUUUGGCCUUCUUGGCUCUGUCCUUUAUCCGGGAUGAAGUCAAUUGGUUGGUUCGUCAUGCAGAAAAUGUCACCAAGACGAAGACUCCAGAGGACUAUACUGACCUGCAUAUUGCAGAACUGCUUUUCUUGCUGGUGGAGGUGAGAGGUCUGAUUCAAAGGCACAUCAAAGUCAUCCAGCGCUAUCACCUUCAGUACCUUGCUAGGUUCGAUGCUCUUGUGCUCAGUGACAUCAUCCAGAACCUGUCAGUAUGUCCAGAAGAGGAAUCCAUCAUCAUGUCUUCUUUUGUCAGCACUCUCUCCUCACUUAACCUCAAACAAGUUGAUACUGGAGAAAAGUUUGAUUUUUCUGGAUUGAGGUUGGACUGGUUCCGACUACAGGCAUAUACCAGUGUGAACAAGGCCCCAUUGCACUUAUAUGAGAAUCCUGACUUGGCCAAGGUGAUGAACCUCAUAGUCUUUCACUCUCGAAUGCUGGACUCAGUAGAGGAGAUACUGAUAGAGACCUCUGAUCUCUCCAUCUUUUGUUUUCAUCUCCGUACCUUUGAGAAGAUGUUUGCUUUGACCCUGGAGGAGCCCACCAUGCUGCGCUAUGCCAUUGCCUUCCCCCAGAUUUGUGCCCACUUUGCCCACUGCACCCAUGAGAUGUGUCCGGAGGAGUAUCUCCACUUGAAGAACCAUGCUCUUCAUUACUGCAAUUCCUUCCUGGAAGAUCUGGCGAAGCAAACGAGUACCUGUGUCCUAGAUAUCUGCGCUGAGCAGCGAAAUCUGAGUGAGCAGCUGCUUCCUAAGCACUGUGCCACCACCAUCAGCAAAGCCAAGAACAAGAAGACCAUGAAACAUAAACAGACCCCCAAAAGGGGGGAACCUGAGAGGGACAAACCAGGGGCUGAAAGUCAUCGAAAGAACCGUAGUGUUGUUACAAACAUGGACAAGUUACACUUGACCUUGACGGAGUUGGCUCUGACCAUGAACCAUGUGCAUAGUCUCUCUGUGUUUGAGCACACUAUCUUCCCUUCUGAGUAUCUCAGCAGCCAUCUGGAAGAACGGCUCAACAGAGCCGUGGUGUGGCUGGCUGGUUACAACGCCGCGACUCAGGAGAUCGCGAGGCCCUCUGAAGUGCUGGCGGGGGUCAAGGCCUACAUCGGCUUCAUCCAGUCACUGACCCAGUUCUUGGGUGUGGAUGUUUCUCGGGUCAUCCGGAACGCUCUCCUGCAGCAGACGCAGCCGCUGGACUCCUCCGGGGAGCAGACCAUCACUACUCUCUAUACCAACUGGUACCUGGAGAGCCUUCUGAGACAAGCCAGCAGUGGGACUAUCAUUCUUUCUCCAGCCAUGCAGGCCUUCAUCAGCAUCCCCAGGGAAGGGGAGCAGAGCUUCAAUGCUGAAGAAUUCUCCGACGUUUCAGAGAUGCGGGCUUUGGCUGAGCUCCUAGGACCCUAUGGAAUGAAGUUUCUAAGUGAGAACCUGAUGUGGCACGUGACUUCCCAAAUUGUGGAGCUGAAGAAGCUGGUAGUAGAAAACAUGGAUGUGCUGGUACAGAUUAGAUCCAACUUCAGCAAGCCAGAGCUCAUGGCCUCUCUGCUGCCCCAGCUGACUGGAGCUGAGAAUGUGUUGAAACGAAUGACUAUAAUUGGGGUCAUCCUCAGCUUUAGAGCCAUGGCUCAAGAGGGCCUCCGAGAGGUGAGCUUGGGGGAGGGCCCAGAGGUUUUUUCUUCCCACUGCCCAUUCCUCAUGGGCCCUAUUGAGUGCUUGAAGGAUUUUGUCACUCCAGAUACAGAUAUAAAGGUGACCAUGAGUGUCUUUGAGCUGGCCUCUGCUGCAGGCGUGUGCUGUGACAUCGACCCCGCCUUGGUAGCUGCCAUUGCCAACCUGAAAGCAGACACCUCAUCUCCCGAGGAGGAGUACAAAGUAGCCUGCCUGCUCCUGAUCUUCCUUGCAGUCUCCAUCCCUCUCCUAGCCACAGACUCCUCUUCUUUCUACAGCAUAGAGAAGGAUGGCUACAACAACAACAUUCACUGCCUGACCAAAGCCAUCAUUCAGGUGUCUGCUGCCCUGUUUACUAUUCACAACAAGAACAUCGAGACUCACCUCAAGGAGUUUCUGGUGGUGGCCUCUGUCAGUCUUCUCCAGCUGGGACAGGAGGUGGAUAAACUGAAGUCUAAAAACCGAGAGUCUAUUUCUUUGCUGAUGCGCUUGGUGGUUGAGGAGUCCUCCUUCCUCACCCUGGACAUGCUGGAGUCCUGCUUUCCCUACGUCCUGCUCCGAAACGCCUACCGAGAGGUUUCCCGAGCCUUCUAUCUGAGCCGAGUGCCAGCCAAUGCCCACUGAGGGCCCCCGGGCUCCCACCCAGGGCAUGGAGACGGCCCCGCUGAGGCGGGAAACGGGCCGCCGAGGCCGGACAAAGGCUGUAUCCAUGCCGGGCUGGUCUGCAGAGGCACAGGAGGGACUGCCGGGAGAGAAGGGAACCAGGAAGAGGGAGGGUCAGUGCGGGUGGUGGGUGAGAAUUUCUGGAAACGGGUGAUCUUGGAACAAAAGGGGAGUCCCAGGGAAACCUGGGGCCGAGGGGCUCCCUGAUGUGAAAUCUACCCUUGUGAUAUGCAGAUGAGAUGCAAAUCACAGGCAAAUGAGCUCUUGGAGAAGCUUGGGCCUUGGCUGUUAUCUGCUCUGUCCACUCCUCAUCGCUACUGUUUAUCCCUAUUCCAGGAUGAUGCUCUCCCGACAGAGUGAUCAAUCAUCAUAUAAACCAUAAUGAUUUUAUAAUCCUC